AUGGUUACUUGGUAUCUAGUGUCAAUAGGUGUGCCAUAUAUUCCAAGUUACAUGGAUCUUUCAAACGGCCCUGAGCCAUGUGUAGUGUGCGGCGAUGCUGCUACAGGGUAUCAUUAUCGUUGUAUGACAUGCGAGGGAUGCAAGGGCUUCUUUCGCCGGACGAUACAGAAAAACUUACAGUACCAUUGUAAAUGGAACAAAACUUGUGUCAUAGAUAAAACAACCCGAAACCAGUGUCAAGAAUGUAGAUUUAUAAAAUGUUUAAACGUUGGCAUGGCAACCGAUCUUGUUUUAAAUGAGAAACAAAGAACAGCAAAACGAAGACUGAUUGAAGAAAACAGAGAAAGAAGAAGGGACGAACAAACGAAAACAAAGACGAAAGAAAAUUAUCAAGACCAAGAUGUUCUCACUGAUACAGAUAGGGGACUUAUUUGUGAAGUGGUCACUGCGUAUGAAUACACUGCAGGAAAAACUCAAAACUCUAAUAAGGGUGUCAGUGCUGAGAUUCAGACUCAGGAUCCCGAGUCAUGGCAUCAACUAGCCGAAGCAAUGACCCCAUCUAUAGUCAAGGUUGUUGAAUUCGCUAAAGGUGUUCCCGGUUUUACUGAGCUCAACGUUGAAGACCAGAUACUUCUGCUCAAAUCAUGUUGUAUGGAAAUAAUGUGUCUGCGAGCAGCUUGCAGAUUUGAUCCGGAUGCAGAAACGCUUACUUUACAUAAUGGGAUGAAGCUGCACAAGUCACAGAUCCACCAAGGAGGUGUAGCUGUCCUCAUCGAACCCAUUUUUGACUUUGCAAUGGGACUUUCAAAACUGAAACUGGACAAGGCAGAAAUAGCGUUACUUGCAGCCAUUUUAUUAAUGCAGUCAGAUCGUUCUGGACUAAAGGAACCUGAAAAUGUUGAGAAACUACAAGAUGCCAUACUUGGUGCUUUCAAACGUUACAUAACUGAAAACAGACCUCAUCAACCGGUCCACUGGGCUAAAAUUCUUAUGAAAGUGACAGAUCUUAGAACUAUCUCUACACGUCAUGCUGAAAGAGUGUUAUGUAUUCGAUUGGAUAACUCCGGUGAAAUUCCACCUCUUUUACUUGAAGUUUUCAAUGAGGGUCAUGCAUGACCCCAAUUGUAACUUAGCGGAAUAUCUUGAAUUGACAUAUUUUGUGGAAAAAAAUUCUAAUCUGAGGUCGUUCAGACUCAUUUUAAUAUACUCAUGCCAGUAAAAGAAGAUAUAUACUUUUUGUUGUCCGGUGUUAUUUCGUGGUGAUUUUGGUAAAUAUCCAUGGAAACAGUUGGCCAUAAUUGUUUUUACAAGUUCUUUCAUUAGAAAAAUUGGGACACGGGCAAUGUGUACAAUGUUUAGUGUGUGGUUGAGAACCACUCAAGGACGUAUGUUACACGAUGCAUGAUUACUUGGAAUCAGAAUAUGCUUUUUAAAAGCUGUGUUUGUUGAAACUAUAUCUUGAUAAUUUGAAGGGACACAAUAUACUUUACUUGAGAUCCAUUAUAAAGUGUGCUUUUUUCUGAUAUAAUUAGAGUCCCGUUUGAAUAUGCAGGACAUGC